AACCGCCUCUCCAUCCAUGACCUCGAAACUGGCGUCAAGACAAAGGACAUUCCAAUAGACAUGGGCAGCGUGUCCGCCAUGUCUGGUCACAAGAAGGAUACAAUGGUUGUCUUUAAAAACGAAGUGAAGGGGCUCGAUUUGUCCAACUUCGAGGUUCGCCAGUUGAUGUAUAAGAGCAAGGAUUCAACCCGCGUCCCGAUGUUCGUCAUGAGACCCAAAAACUUAACUCUCGACGGCUCCGCGCCCUGCCUUCUUUACGGUUACGGUGGCUUCGCCAUCUCCCUCAAACCAGCCUUCAGCCUGACCUACUCGCUCUUCUUGCAACACUUCAAUGGAGUUGCUGCAGUCGCCAACAUUCGUGGAGGCGGAGAGUAUGGUGAAAAGUGGCACAGUGGCGGGAAAAUCUUAAAUAAGCAGAACUGCUUCGACGACUUCAUCGCCGCGGCGGAGUCCUUGAUCGAACUGAAGUACACUUCUCCUGAAAGCGCGUGUUCCAACCAGCGGCCGGACCUCUUCGGUGCUUCCAUCUGUCACGUUCCAGUGACUGACAUGCUGCGCUUCCAUCGUUUCACAAUCGGCCACGCCUGGCAGAGUGAUUACGGGGACGUAAGCAAGGAGGAGGUCUUUCGCUACCUCAUGCGGUCAAUUGGCAAGUCCGACGCAUCGUAG